CGCCACAUCACUGUCACCAAAAAAUAUCAGUACUUUUGUUGUCUUGAACCGGUGAAGGUUGUGUGGCUCGAAGAGCAAGGUUGAGAGGAAUUUGAUCUCUCCCUUUGCACAAGUAGCAAACACGUUGGAGGGAAUACCACAAAGCUAUCGUUUCGACUACCGCUUCUCAAAAAAGUCUUACUUUAUCAAGUUAGUUGUAGCGUGCGUGUGCUAUUUUACUUCGAUACUGUCAGCUUCGUGGUGUUCGAGUCUCGGCUUUCGUGGCAUUGGUUUGGUAAUCAGCUCGGCAAUAUGUCGGCCACAUUGGCGGAGUCGCAAGUAUUAGAGCCGAGAGGAUUAGCCGUACCAUCGCUGGGUUCGGUUGACGCAAGUAGCAACACACCAGCUGACCAACAUCCGAAACGUGACGGGCACGACCAGAUAGCUGCUGGCAGUGCUCCUGCUGCUGUUACCAGUAGGUCUGCUGUGGGACUGGACGUUCAAAAUGAUAAUGAAGAUGGCCACUCGGAGCCGUGGAAGUGGACUGAGAAGGAUUUCCGACGCAUUGCCGGACUGCGUAUAGACGACUCCUGGAUGGAUAUAGACCUACAGCUGACAGAAGACGCUCUUGCACAGCCUAGUGAAGAGGCUGAACGGAAGUUUCUCAAAGACGUGGAGCAACAGUGUGGAAGCAGCUAUAUAGAGUACGUGGCCGAGAGAUUGAGCCAGGAGCGCACUGCUCAGUCACGGACACCUGGCCCACUGCAGCCCUACAUGACACACGUCAGUGUCAAGGCAGAGAGCUCUCGGGAUGGCAGUGCCAGGGCCGGCAAGGUGUUAGCUCAGAAUGCCUUGCUGACUGCCAAGCUGCUGCCAAGUGCAAGCGAUGGCAAGAUCAAGAGAGAGCUACACGUAUCGGGCCGUCGAAUAUCAGACCUGGAACUUCUGAGGAAGCAUGGCAGUCUUCAAUACAUCGAUGCCAGCCACAACAUGAUCCAAAGCAUUGGACCAUUGGCCAACAUGCCCGAUCUCUAUUACAUCAACAUGGCACACAAUCACAUAUCAUCGCUGCGUGACUUCGACUACGUCCAAGGACUGAACUUAAUCACUUUUCUCGACCUCUCGCACAAUAAGCUGACUGGCUUUCCAACAACCAACAUGCCACUUCUCCGGGAACUGCGUCUUCAAGGUAACCAACUGGACGUUUGUCCAACAUUUCAGACAUCUGCCUCCAUGAGAGUCUUGAUGCUGCAGGACAACUCGAUCCACAGCAUGGCACAGCUGAACACCCCUCACCUGGAAGUUCUGAAUUUGGCAAACAAUUUUGUGGAGAAAAUAGAGAAUUUGACUCACAUGGCUCAUCUAAAGAUAUUGGAUAUGACGCGGAAUAAUCUCACAUCUCUGGCUGGUAUUGAGAACUGCGUGCGCUUAGAGCAGCUUCUAGUCACUGACAAUCCAAUUCACGAGGUGAAGAAGCUCGAGAGUGCCUGGCAUCUUCCAUUGCUGUGGAACAUCGACUUUUCACCGGAGCUGUCCAAGGCUGAUGUUGGCUACCGCCGGAAAGUUCUUGGCAUGCCAUGGAAGUCACUUCUGGUAGUGCUGGAUGAGCAAGAGGUGACAAGCAAGGAAUUGACUGAGGCCAGACUGCAGUACAACCCGCCAGUAGAACUCUGGGCAGUUCAGCGCUUCUCUCAAUUGAAAGUCAAACGCUUCACAAAUCAGAUGGUGCAGCCGAGUCACACUACAAUGCCCGGUAAAGACACGUCCUAUCCGAUGCUCAUCCUGGUUGGCCCACCCGGGACAGGCAAGAAGUUCCUCUGCCAGCGGCUGCUGGAGGACUUCUCUGAAUUCUUUGGCUUUGGAGUGUCCCAUACAACGCGACCAAGACGUGAACAUGAGCGUGACCAGGAGGACUACUACUUUGUCAGUGAUGCCGAGUUCACGUCCAUGACAGCAAAGGGUGAAUUCAUCGAAGUAUCUGAUCUUUGGGGCCAUCACUAUGGACUGAGCAUUGACGAGGUUGAGAGGCAUGCCAGUCGUGGCUUGGCCACUGUCACACACAUGGAACUUGAUGGCGCACUUCAAAUGAGGACAAGCUACAUCAAUCCACGACUAGUUAUGGUGGUGACAAGAUCAGAAACUGUGCAUGAGGAGCGCAUGUGGCAACGCAGCUGUUACCGAACACGACAGAUACAGCAUGCUGUGCAGAAAACGGCCACCAUUCUGAAGUACCACAACGAGCAUCCGUCUACAUUCGAUAUUGGCAUAAACAGUGAUGAACUCGACACUGCCCACCAACAGCUGUGCAAUCUUGUCCAGGAUUACCUUGGUCUUCCGUUCGAUCCUCUUUCCGUCUCCAGGACAUCAGGUGCAACAAGCUGUGCCGAUGACACAACGGUGAUGUCAUCUGUGAUCGACACCAGUACUAGCACGCUGGACACAUUGUCGCGGCGUACCACUCCAGCCAGUGGUAUGCGCACUGCUACUGGUACCGGCACUACACUGUCAUCCACCCCGUCCUCUUACCUGCAUCACCGCAAUGUGCACAAGUGGUCUAUACCGACCAGCAGCAGAGGUUCAUCAACUGGUAUUGAUAAAUCAUCAGUGCUACUGCUACCACAUGAUGGUUCACAAGUAGAUAUCUGAGAUGACUACUAAGACCAGACACUGCAGAGUAGAGAAUAGCAAGCAAGGCAAGCAGAUAGAAGCUGAGAUGAACAUACUGAGGAACAGGGAGCAAGGAAAGUGGUAUCUCAGACUGUAUAAACUGGAGAGUAGGAAGCAAGGCAAUCGGAGCUGGGAGCAAGGCAAGCGCCAGGCGUCCAACGGCAGCAGCAUGGUGGGCGCAGUUGCCACACGAAUCACAGCACACCCGUCCGAGAAGCGGCCAAGCAGUUAGAAUGUCAAGGAAAAGCAGCUCCGGAUUCCACGGAAAGCUUUUUUUUUUUACACUAGCCUAACUGUGGUCAUGUUGAUUGUUGUGUUCUUUGCAGUAAUAAAGAAUGUACAAACCUAAUGUAUUUUAUUGGUCCGGGAUAGUUUGAUAGAGGCUGUACAGAGUAUAUAUUUCAUGUGUCAAGCUGCAACAGUUUUUGACAAUUUGAUGAGCAGACGUGUGUUCGUUUCUGCACAAACAUGACAAAAAGAAUAGACAUCACAGUGCCAUCACAGUGAGUGUGCAAGUUAUGCCCCUAGCUAUGUGAAAGCAACUGCACCUACUUAAUGCAUACAUGUGGAGUAGUGAAAUGUUUUCCCACAUCAUAAUUUCUGCCCUUAUAUCACUGUUUUGGCCUUGAUCCCUAAGCCAGUGCCAGUUUUUCUUUGCAUCAAUCAGCAUGAUCUGUCACACUACAGUGAAUAGAACAGUCCGUAUGGGGCUGCAUGUGAAUAUCAUCAUUUCUGCUGAUUACGUCACCUUUGCCAGCCCUGAUCAACAUGACUCAAUGCAAACUGGAGCGAAGUUUAAGGUUUAAAGUGAUGUUUCACGUAGUCUCCA